UACUGCUGUUGUAUGCGCAGACUCACUAGUCCAUCCCGUUCAGGAUGUCGUGUUUACCUCCAAUGGGGACCUUUGCUCAACCCUAACGGGCCUCCCGGAGCUAUGAAUCAACCCCACAUUGUCUAGGAAAUUGCAGUGCGCAUCUUGGCAAGGUUGAUCAAGAAGCUUGAAACCAACUGCCGGUAAUGCAAUCGCCGACAUCGUUAUCCGACAUCGUCUCGGAAUGUCGAAGGGGGCUGGAAGCCGUGAAGGACGCGCUGCUGAAAACACACGCCGACAUCAGGCUGCAGUGCAAAGCUGCCAACGCGCUGGCGUCCUUGUGUAUGUCCGAGGAGGUGGCUAGAGGCUUCACGGCGGCACCGAAUAGCUCGGCCGUGGUUGACAGACUCGGCGAUAUGUUGAGAUCGCGCAGCCAGUGGGCCCAGGCAGACGCGGCGGGAUGCCUGGGGUGGCUCGUGGGCACCCUGGCGGGGGGGACAGCCCUUCACGAGCUGAUUCCCCUGGUAACACGGCUCAUGGUGAGGCACACCACCAAAGAUGACGAGGUGUUCAUCAGCGAGGAGAGGCAGCGAGAGCAGCAGGCGGUUUGGGGUCGAAGUCGCAGUAGCAACAGUAGGGGCGGUCAAGGUGGCCGUGGCGGCGGGGGGGGUGACAAGGAAGACCAGGCGCGGGAGCGCAUGGACAACAUACGAGUGUAUUCUCUCAUAUUUCUUCUCAAGAAACAAGAGGCUGAUAGCGUAAGAGCACGUGGAGUAUUCGGGCAACGCCAUCACGGUACAGAUGGAAACGCAGCCGACGGAGGUGGGGACCAGACUCCUCCUUCCCUCUUGCUGGCGGCGCGGCUCCUAUACGCCAUUUCUUUGGACCCUGGCGGAAGGUCGUCUCUUCUGGAGGCCAAGUGUCUACCGCCGCUCAUCCGCCUCCGGCGGCAACUGCACACGGAAGCAGCAGCGGAAGCGACAGCGACUGCAGAAGCUAGCGCCACCACCGCUGCCGUUCAGCCUGCGUUGGAAUGCACGAAAAUACCAGCUGGUCCAAACAGCGGUUCGGCAGCGUUUGCGCGAAAGGGAGGCACGGAGGAGGUAGAGAAAGAGGGAUUUGUGGGAAACCAACAGGCGCAGCAUAGUGGCGGAGACGUCGCCACCGGUGAUAGCAGUAGUGAGCCUGAUGUGGAGGGCAUAGAAGUGAUCGUCAGCUUGAUUGUCGAUCAGCUUGUGGGUAGGUCGAACGUCAGAUGA